UGAGGCAUGCGCUGAGGUUCGCACUCUGCCUGGACCGCACACACACCUUCUUGCCAAACCUGUAAGAGAAACCCGUGGGGAUAUUACAGCGUGACGGUAGUUGUGUAUUUUGAACUUGGCGGGUGAGGCGGUGUGGGAAACAUUCAACAACCGCUGGCAGCUCCAAGCUCUGCCGCUCAAGGUAGCCAUUGUCGAGAAUUUGCUAUAAUAUCGCAGGCCAUCGGCCGCAGGACCAGCUCGUAGUGCCACGGGAUAUACUUAGUGCAGUGACUAGUGCGUCAACGGGUGCUUAUGUGGUCUCUGGUGGAAUUACACGGAGAUAAUUGUAAAAAAUCUCCCUAAUCGUAGGGUCAUCUCUAUGGGGACUCUAGUCCUCCUCUGAAAUUGAGAUGCAGAGUCACAACCAGAAGAAACAGCAGUACGUGACGCCGCCCAGUCGGUAUCAUCCUGGUAAACCAUUUUCUGCAUUUUUUCACCAGCCGCCAGGUGAUGUGGGUGGAUUCAGUGGUGGGCCGGGUGGGGCUACUGGAGCGCAGCUAAGACUCAACCAGUACUCACCCCACCCACCUCCAUCUAGUGCCCAGCAGCCUCAACCAGGACCUCCACAGCUUCGCACACAAUCACAACCUCCAUCCCACAAUCCACACAACGCAGCAGCUGCGCCUCAAGUCCCACACUCACAGCAUCACACACACACUCAUGCUACAUUAACACAGCACACACAACAUCAUCAAGUAUUACAGAGUGGAGGAGUAGGUGGACACAGUAGUGGUGGAGUGGGCACAGGUGUGGGUCAGGUUGGAGUCCCACCUGGGCCCAGUCCUGCACCCCCGGGGCCGCCACACGACCUCAGUUCACAGUCCCUCCCUCCAGGAUCAUCGCCACAAAUACAACAGGGUUCGGGAGGGAGUUUACCAGUGGCCUCAGCACACGGCAUGAUGUACUCUUCCAGCUCUCAGAACCAGCCCCAGGGACCACAACCAAAUGCUCAGGGUCAGUUCUUCCCUCAUCCUGGAGGACCCAACCCCCCUCCUCACUUGCACUCCAGUGGUCAACCACGGCAAGUCAUUUCACAUUCGCAACAUAUGCAAAAUUAUCCUUCUGUAAUGACGGCACCUAUGCAGUUUUUUCCGUCUGCACAUGCUCCGAGUAAUGUAGUUUACCAGAUUACCCCGAAUGGGAUACGUCAAAUCCUGAAUGGCGUGCCGGCUGGUAGAGGACGAUGGAUGUCUAACCGGACAUCUCACCCAUCUGAUAUAGAGUUCCAGACCAUGGGUCCUCAUCGUCAGCCAACACCCCACACGCAACCUGGGCAGUUUCACCCUGCUCAGAUACCACAGCCUCAUCCACAGGGUCACUACCCGACUAUACAAUACCACCAAAAUCCGGGAGGUAAGCACGAGGCUACUUCCACCCUCCAAUACCGGCAGCUUCAGGGAGGUAAGCAUUUGUAUUAUCCACCACCUACACAACAGCCGCAGUUAAAACCCGUGAUGACUCAGGCCCCGCAGAGAGAGCGUAAAACUCUUGCUAUAGUAGAUCCCAGUACUGGCAAGAAUAUAUUAGAUGACAUGAAUAAUGAGAAGCCAGACAAAACUCCAACUCCACCUCAAUCAUCAGAAUCUAGCGCCAGCAAUACACCAGCACCUAGUGGAACACCCCCAACAAAAACAGAAUCUGCUGUUAUAGCAGCUCAAUUUGCAGCAGAUGUAGCGAAAAAAGCAGCGGAAAAGGACGUCAUGGAUAUAGAUACAACUGAAAGUGUAGUUAGGACUAAUAAACCAUGUGACAAUAGCACUAGUGUUGUAAUAAUUAGUGAUAGUAGAGAAAGUAAAGACAAAUUAAAUAAUAGCAUAGCAAAUACAAUAGAGUCAGUGAAUAGCAACAUAGUGGAGAGUGGUAUUGUGAAGACAGUUCCUGAAUCAGUGGAGGUUAUUAAGCCUCAGCCUAAGCAGCCACAACAAGACUCUCAUCAGAUAUUGCAACAGUUUACUCAUCAGGUGCCACAACAUUUGCCUCAGCAGUUGUCACAGCAGUCCCUACAAUUACCACAACAACCGAUUCAGCCAUCUUUACAGCAGUUGGCACAACAGCAAUCUGUGCAACCAUCUAUGCAGCAAUUAUCACAGCACUCAGUUCUUCAGAUGCCACAGCAGCAACAGCCACCACAGCAUCAGUUGCCACAGCAGCAACAGCCACCACAGCAGCAACAGCCACCACAGCAUCAGUUACCACAGCUGCAACAACCACCACAGCAGCAGCCACCACAGCAUCACUUGGCACAACAGCAGCCACCACAGCAUCAUUUGGCACAACAGCAGCCACCACAGCAUCACUUGGCACAGCAGCAGCCACCACAGCAUCAGUUGCUGCAUCAGUUACCUCAGCAGGUACCACAGCCAAUGCCACAGCAGACACCACAGCAUCAGUUGCUACAACAGGCACCACAGCAUCAGUUGCCACAGCAGCCACAACAGCAACAGCAUCAGUUGCCCCAGGAACUGCCACUGCAGCAUCAGCUGCCCCAGCAGCCACCACCUCAGCAUCAGCUGCCACAGCCACUUGCUCAGCAUCAACCACCACAGCCACCUGCUCAGCAUCAGCCGCCACAGCUGCCCCCUCAGCAUCAAACACCACAGCUGCCUGUUCAGCAUCAGCAGACGCAGCAACCUGCUCAGCAGCAGCUGCCGACACAGCAGACCACUCAGCAGCAGCCGACGCAGCAGACAGCUCAGCAGCAGCCGACGCAGCAGACCGCUCAGCAGCAGCUGACGCAGCAGACUGCUCAGCAGCAGCCCGCUCAGCAGCCUGCUCAGCAUCAGCCGACGCAGCAGCCUGCUCAGCAGCAGCCGACGCAGCAGCCCUCUCAGCAGCAGCCACCGCUGCAAUCACAGCAGUAUCCUGUGCCCCCGCAGACAUCACAACAGCUGAAACAGCAAGCACCACAACAGCUGAAACAGCAGGCACCACAACAGCUGAAACAACAAGCAACACAACAGCAACAGUCAAAACAGCAAGCACCACAACAGUCAAAACAGCAGGCACCACAUCAAUUAACACAAUCACAAAAGCAGAAGUCGCCUGUUCCCCAGCAGUCUCCCCAACCAGCUCAACAGCAACCACUGCAGCCAGUACAGCAGCAGCAGCCUCAACCACCACAAACACAGCCAUUGCCGUUGCAACCAAUAGAAACAGCAGUUUCCCCAUCUCAGUCACAGCAGGAACUUCCUCAGCAACCUCCAAAUCAACAAAUACCGAAAAUUCAAGAAUCGUUACCAAAGGCAGAAGUUUCCAUUAAGAGUGUAACAGCAGCUCAACCCGAGAUAAAUGAGGUUCCAAAUUCAGUAAAGGUUGAACCACAGCCUCCUGUUAAACAGGCUAGUCCAAAGCCAGUUGUUGUGCUUACACCAUCACCAAAGGAGAAGGAAGUUACCCCAGAACCGCAGCCUGCACCGAGUAAGCGUGGAAAGGGAAUUCCCCGAGAGGAAACGACCCUGGCACGUGAGACUGCUGAUAAUUCAACUCCACCUCAGCAGCCACAGCUACCAUCUCCUCCCCAAAGGGCAGCAACACCACCUCCACCUUCACCACCUGCUGCUCCACAGCCAGUCAAUAAAUUUCCAGUUCAGGUUCAAGCUGCUAAGGAGAAGAAGGAAAAGGAGAAAACUCCAGAACCAGUGCAGCCUCCUAAGCCUCAACUUCCUCCACAAAAAUCUACUUCUUUUCCGCCAUCAAAAGAGACAACUCCUCAGCCAGCACCCUCACCUACACCUUCGGAAGAGUCCAAAAGUGGACGUUCCUCAAAAGAGAGAGAGAUUAACAAUGUGGAGUGUGAGAUAAAUAAUGUUCAUGAAGAUAAGGAGGAAGAGAAGAAAGAUGAUGGCCCACAACUUCAAUACACAUACAAGGAAGAUCAGUGGAGCCCCGUUAAUCCAGAAGGAAAGCGACAGUAUGAUAGAAGAUUUCUUUUGGAAUUGCAGAAUAAUCCCUUGUCGCUCAAAAAGCCUGAAUCGCUACCUAAUUUGGAAGUCGUGCGAGAUGGACCUGGACGGCACAAACCCUUUGAUACACGUGCCCCUGUUCCUCAUGUUGGUGGUGGGCCAGACUUCACUCCUGAUUAUGUUAAAUCUGCAAUGGGAAACAAGCAACCAAGAACAGUUGGGCGCAACAGUCAGCAACGGCGUGAACCAGGUGGUGGGGGUCCAGUGAAUAGAGAUAGAGGGGGUGGCGGGGGCAGCGGAGGCAAUGUCCGUGGUGGACAAGCAAAGAUAAUUAUUAUUCCUCACUCAACUGGGCGAGAACCAAAGCUUAAGACGACGGAAAAUGCCUGGAAACCAUCAGUCAAGGACAGCAAAUCAGAAGAUGCAAAAUUGCAGACAGAUGAAGUGGUGAAAGUAAUGCGAGGUAUCCUCAACAAACUUACACCAGAAAAGUUUUCAAGGCUGGUCGACACAGUCAAGACAUUACCAAUCAACACCACGGAGAGACUCUCAAAUGUUAUUGACCUAAUAUUUGAAAAGGCUGUGGAUGAACAGGGGUUUUCUUCCACUUACGCUCAGAUGUGUCAGGUUCUCUCACUGAUGUCUGUUCGCGGAAGUGGUAAUGAUACUGGAAACUCUGGCAAGUCGGAAGUCAAGUUCAGAAACUUGAUCAUUAAUAAGUGCCAGAAGGAAUUUGAAAAAGAUAAUACUGAUGAGCUGAGAAUCCAAAGAUAUAAAGAGAUCGAUGCCUGUAAUGAUAAUGAUAAGAAAUUAGAGCUUAUUGCCAAAUACGAAUAUGAUGAAUCAAAGAUGAGAAAACGAUCGGUAGGAAACAUAAGAUUUAUUGGAGAGUUGUACAAGUUGCGUAUGUUGACUUCUCCAAUUAUGAUGAGAAUUAUUGGAACACUUUUGGAAAAGGGGGAUGAGGAGUCCUUAGAGUGCCUAUGUAAAUUACUUUCAACUAUUGGCAAGCUCCUUGAAGCUCAGUGUGCCCAGCAACCAAAAGCUAUGUCUGAAUUGGACAAACACUUCAAGCACAUGGAUAGGAUUGUCCAUGAACGUCAAACAAACAGCCGUGUGAGAUUUCUCAUGAUGGAUGUAAUUGAUCUGCGUCAAAAGAGUUGGGUUCCAAGACGAGAAGAUAGUAAACCGAAGACAAAAGCUGAAGUCCAAGAAGAAUUUAAGAGAGAAGAAAUGGAACAGCAGAUUGCAUUGGCAUCAAACACGGGUAGAAGAAAUGAUCGUGAUAGAGAGCCUGAUCGCAGACGUGGUCGGGAUAAUCGUGGUCCACAAAUCAAUGAUGAUGGAUGGAAUACAGUUGCUUCAACCAAGGGAAGAACGUCAUUUGACUCUUCCCGUUUGAAAAACACAUUUAGUAGGCCUGGUACUGCAGAAUCUAAGGAGGUGACAUUGAGAGGAACUGGAUUUGCAAGUUGGGCACGUGGCAGCUCGGGUGGUGGCUUGAAGGAUCAUGAUGAAGGAAAGCAGCUAGAGAAUCGCUUCAAUGUGUUAACAGAUGUUACAGGAAGCCAUGCUUUAUCUGGAGAUAACAGAAGAGGUGCUCCUUCAAUGGGUGCUAACCGUCUUGCCCCUGGUGGUGGUGGUCCUCCACGGCCAAGUGGGUUUGGCAGUAAGAGUAUGCCACCUCCCUCAAAUGACAAAGAAAGUGCAAUUUCUGCUGUUAAGAAGUUUGUUGGCCCAGUAGAUCGCAGUAAAUCAACAAGUCGUCCAGAGUCCAGAGAUAGUUCUGUAUCUCGUGAAACUAGUGAUGGGUUGAGAGGGUAUGCGUCACUCGACGAACAAACAGCAGAGAAGUUCGCCACUGCAAUCAUUGAAGAAUACACCCAUAAUUCAGAUCCUGAGGAGGCAAUGCUGUGUGUUAAAGAGAAAUUUGCAGCAAGCACUAUUAAAUACUUUGUGCAGGUCACUCUCGAAUGGGUAAUAGAUCGUGAUUUAAAAAAGAGAAGAAUGGUUGGUCAAUUGUAUCAUGACCUUAUUUUAGAAAAUCUUUUAUCGGUGGAACAAUUACUUGAUGGAUGUCAAAGUACACUUGCAAUGACAAAGGAAUAUGAAAUUGACAUCCCUCAAGUGUGUGAAUACCUGGGAGAAGUGUUUGCUCCCUGCCUGAAUGAUAAUGCUGUCUCUCUAAAAAGACUACUAGAACUUUCAAGUUAUGCUACAAACAAGAAAGCAAAUGUAUUUGCUUGUAUUUUGGCGAAAGCUGCAAAGAAUAUGAGUCCUAACAAAGUAGCUGAUGCGUGGAAUUCAUCUGGUCUUAGUUGGUCUUCUAUAAUUCCUCCUACUGACACUGUUGAUGCUUUCCUUGCAAAACAUCGUGUGGAAUUCACAGUGGACCGUAGCAAGUCUGGAAAUCAGAGUGGAUGGACGCCUCAAAAGGUGGAGACAGAGUUCCUUAAGCUGUUCAAGAGAGCAUCUAAUGACGAAAUCUUUGGAUGGAUUGAGGCAAAUAUCGGAAAUGAUGCCAAGAGCAGCAAAUUUAUUCGUGCCUUGGUAACCGCCUUAGUGGAAAGUCAAGCUACGACUUCCAAUGAUGGUUCCUCAAUAUGUGUAACUGAAGACUUUGAGGCAAAAAUGAAAAACCAUCUGGCUGUGGUGCUCAAAUAUGUUGACAGCAGUGAAGAAUUGGAGAUGCAGUGCAUUUAUGCCCUCCAAGCACUUAGUGUUAAACAUCAACAUCCUAAAGGUCUUCUAGAAAAGUGCUUCAAUGCAUUCUAUGAUUCAGAAGUUGUGUCUGAGGAGGCUUUCGAUGAGUGGUCCAAGUCUCAGGAUCCUGAGGAACAGGAGGGAAAGGGCGUGUGUGUUAACUCGGUUAAAAACUUUUUGAGGUGGUUAAAGGAGGCAGAUGUAGAAGAAACAGAUACUCAUGCCUAAGGAUUUGCCUCUCCUACCUCCCUAAUUCUUCCUUUAAGUGUUGAAACAGAUAUGUGACGUUUUUGUUACUGAUGAACUAAAUAUAUUAUUGAAAAUUUGAGAAAUAGAUAAAGGAGCCAAAAUUAUUGUUUUUACUACAGUGACUGUGUCUUGAGCCUGACACAAAGGGCAGAUAUUGCAGAGACUUCCAACAUUUGUGUUGGAAUGCACUAAGCUAAAUCCGGCAGUCUUCCUGUUGUCUUAAUCUCAAAAUGGAGAGUUACACCACAAGUUUGACACCGGAAGCUUAUGUAUAAAUGGACUAGAAUACUGCCUCAACUGUGGUUUUUUUAUAUAAUGUGUAAAAAGUGCACGUGAACAGGUUAAACAUGUUAAAAGUGCAGAUGGUUUUGUAAUUCCUGCUAGGGUGAGCAUCAGUUGCAUAUUGUUAUUGUGUUAUAGCAUAGUUGAAAUGAAAACUGCAUUCCCUUCACUUCCAAGAUAUUGAAUGACUGUAUAAAGGAUACAUGCAUUUAGAUACUUGAAAGCUCAGUUACUUGUUUACAGCUUGGCUCCUGAUAAGUUUUGUAAAUUAUGGCUCAAAUUCUGUGAUUUAUUUUGUAUAUUUAUAUAAAUAUUUAAAAGUCGUGUACAGACCCGAGCAUGUGCCUAAGGCUGGAGGAUAUGCUUGCUGGCUGCUGUCAACUCCCAAGACUCCUGCUACCCAGGGAUGUUGGCAUAUCGUUGAGUUUAAUAUGCAAAAUGUGACAUUUGCAACUCACGGCGAGUCGCUGUGUGUCCCAUCAAGCGCUUGCUACUUUGCUAGUUGUUAUUCUGAGCGAGUUGUACUUUAGCCUGUGCCCCUGACCCUUGGACAUAAGUAAUCAGUUAGUGAAUACUGACAAGACUUACCCAACCAUAUAGUUGAUGCACUUGCUCCAUGCUGUCCCAUAUUUUGCUGCUACUGGGCUUUGUAAGAGAGAAAUCCAAAAUGGAUAAUUUUUCUUGUGAUAAGGGUAAUGGAUUAUUCUUAUGACUGACAUGAAUGCUAAAUAGUGUGCUGGGCACAGGACAAAGUUCAACUUCUCAUAUCGUUAACGCGUUAAUAUAAGCAAAUGGAAAACUGGGGUUAUAUUUAAGACGAAGUGCUAUAAAUUAAUAUUGUAAACCAUAUCGCCUCUGAAAAUAAAUUUAAUAUUUACAA